GGGCUUAUCUAAGUCGUGUACCUGUUACAUCGUGUAGGUGCACAGGAAAUAUUUCGAUUGCACCACCCGUUUAGGUAAUGUGAAAGUUGCAGAGGUGUCACGUGUAGGGUAUUUUUUUAAGUCUGAAGACACCUGUCACCACUGAUGUAGGCGUGGGAGACAACAAGACUAAAGAACUUUACUGACACUUGAGAGAGGUUUUUCAUUGCCAUCAAGUAUGAAAAAAAUGUUGGAGACAAUAAGGUCAUCACUGCUCGUUACACUCAUCUGCCUGCUCUGCAGUUCCUCACCAACUGCUGGACAGCUAAGCCGCCCUUACCUUGACAGAUUUGCCAUUCUUGCAAACACAGUCCUGCAGUCUCAGUCCAACAAGGGAGCAAGUGGUCCAGCUGCCCAAGUCCUUGGAAUGAUUGAGGCUUUUCAAAAGCUGCCAGCAGAUGUAGUUCAGCAGGCCAUUUUACAGACUGUCAGUUCACAGCAAAGAAAUCUCUUGGCAGCAAAUGUAGAUGCAAGUGAAAAUUAUGAACUUUGCUUGAAUCAUACCAUGGAGAUUAUUAGUGGAGUGAGAGCCCGUCAGGCUUGGGCUACUCAGAUGAUUGAUGCCAUGGGGAAACCACUCCCAGGUAUCACUGAAGGCAAUUUAAUCUGGCCGGGUGCUUAUGAACAGUGCUUAAAAGUUCAGGCCUUUAUAAAUGCCUCCAGUGGUAGCAAUGAAACUGCCCCUCUUUUUUCUGGACGAUACUGCACAGCUACUGCGAUGCUGUCCUCAGUGGUGGGAGCCUCGCCGCUGACAGCAACACUCUCCAUUGGUCUAUGUAUGCCAGAUUCAUGUUCCAGUGAGAGCGUAACACUCAUACUCACCGAAGUUGUUGCUGUUUUGAAUAUUUCCCUACCUAAUUCACCAAGUGCAUUAUGCCAGGACCCAGGCUGGAAACCUCUGGAAACAAAAACCAUUGUUGCAAUUGUGGUCUGUAGUUGCAUCUUGUUUCUGAUGAUUGCUGGGACAGCAGCUGACAUUCUUUAUAUCCAGAUGCCCAAGUGGAGGCUGAAGAAGGUGUCUAGUGUGUCUGCCAACAGCUUCAUCACCAGUUUCAAUGGCUAUGUAUCUAAAGCAGAUGAGCGUCACCCACUUCUAGAAAAGCCAGACGUAACUGCAGUAGAGAUCCCAGAACCAGGUAUAUGCAUUAAGCUGCUUGCAACUUUCUCAGUCUACACAAAUGGAGCAAAGAUGCUAUCCACUGAACAGGCAUCUGGCAGUCUCACCUGUAUCCAUGGCAUCCGCUUCUUCAGCAUGACCUGGGUGGUCUUGGGUCAUGCCCUAACCUCUAAUAUGGGCCAAGGAGAGAAUCUUACUUCUUACUUCAGUGAUAUUCUAGGAAGAUGGACUUAUCAAGCCAUUUGUAAUGCCUUUGUAUCUGUGGAUUCUUUCUUUUUGCUAAGUGGUCUUCUGGUUGCCUAUCUGUCUCUAAAAGAGAUGAAGAAAAACAAUGGAAAGAUUAACUGGUUCCUCUUUUAUUUUCACCGAUUCUGGCGGUUGACCCCAGCUCUCAUGCUGGUCAUCAUGGUGUACACGUGUUUUUACCCCUACAUGGGGUCUGGCCCCUUUUGGACUAACCAAUCUGCAGACAGUGAUAACUGCGAAGACAACUGGUGGACAAACCUCUUAUAUGUCAAUAACCUUGUGAAUGAAGAUAAAAUGUGUCUAGGGGUUUCCUGGUAUCUGGCCAAUGACAUGCAGUUUUACAUCUUAAGUCCUCUUAUCUUUGUCCCAUUUUACUACAAACCCCUACUUGGUGCAGUGUCAGCAGGAUUAUUUCUGAUAGCAACCACAGUUACACCUGCUGUUCUGACAGUCAUAAAGCAUUUUCCGCCUAGCUUCUUGGUACAGUUAAAUGUAGAUGAAGCCAACACAACGGAUUAUAUGAUUCAUUAUUACAUCAAGCCAUGGAACCGCAUGGGACCUUACAUUGUGGGACUUCUGGCAGGUUACUUCUUGUACCGCUGUAACUGCACUCUUCGACUUAACAAGGUUGUCAACUUAACCAUUUGGGCAGUUGCUGCAGCUUCUGCCUGUGCAGUGGUGUAUGGUCUGUAUGAUGCCAGUGAUAAUCAAGGAACAAUGGAAUUAGCCACUUCAGCUUUUUACAAUGCUGUUCACAGAACAGUGUGGGGAGCAUGUCUUGCCUGGGUUAUUAUUGCAUGUGUCACUGGAAAUGGAGGUUUUGUCAACUCCUUACUGUCAUGGUCAGCCUUUGUACCACUUAGUCGUCUGACUUACUGCAUCUACCUGGUCCACAUUGAGAUAUUGGCAAUAUAUGCAUUGAACGCACAGUCGGUUUUUUAUUUUAAUGAUGUUAAUUUGGUGAUGUUCUUCCUAGCCAUGCUGGUUGUGUCUUAUGUGGUUGGCUUUGUAGUGUCCCUAGCCUUUGAGGCACCCAUGCUGGGUCUGGAAAAAAUUCUCAUACGUCGAAAAUAAUCAGUCACCAUUGUGAUUUCCAUAAUCAUGACAUGCAAAUUGAAGCUUACCAAGCUCACAUUUGAUGUCAAAUCCACCACAGCUUUUAUUGGUGUUUUAAUUUGUUUAGAUAAGUAAUGGUAUAUAUAUAUUUCAGCCAAUACAUUUUUGUAAUUUUUCCCUUUAUAUGCACAUUUAGUACAUCAGCAUUGUUGACAUGGCUAUUGCCAUAACAGAUGCUGAACAUUGCCUGCAAAUCUUGGGUGUGAGAAAUUUGUUUUUAAUUGUUGUCCUAGUCUUGUUAAAAAUCAUUCCAAAGAAACUGUUAUAAUGGUAUUUUUUAUUUAUAUAUUACGGCAUUUAAGAACAAAUGUGAGCAAAUCAGGAAACAUGUACAUAUACAUCAUAACAGCUUUAAAAAUCGAGAGCUUAUGCUGCAAAUUAUGAAUAUUAUAUAUUUUCUUUUUGCAAAAUCUGUUCAUGACAUAUUUGAACAUGCACCUUCUACUUACUAUCAUCUCUUUUCAAUAGCAUAUACAUGAACAUAAUUUUUUGUAGCAAAAGUAUGAAUGUAUGUGAAAGUCUAUUCUUUUUAAAGGUAUAUUUUUAAGAGAUACUUUAUAUUGCUGAUUGAAUCUUAUUUACUUUAAAGAAGUAAACGCAAAAAAGCAGGAAAUGCAAAUAUAGUUAGGCGUGUGAUUGUGUCAUGUGUGAGACAGUAUCAGAAGUUAUUUUUUUUCAGUAUGCUGACAAAAACUUUGAUAAAGAGACUUAAGUUUUUUUAUUUUUUUAAAUUUAUAAAAUGUAUGUCGAGACAAUUUUGUAAUCAACACAUAAUAUGGUGAGGUAAAUUAAUGUGAUACAAUCACAGCCUGUGAAAAUAUACUUGUAUUAUAGUUUAUUAUGCCUCAAUGACAAUCAUUCAUGACAAAAUGGCUGAAUAAUUUUUUAAGUAAAUGAAUGUUGUGAUAUGGAUUUGCAUCUCACUUUGCAUCCAGUUAUUCAGUCAGAUUUUUUUUAAAGUUUGAAAGUUCAGUCGUUUUAUGUAUAUAUAAUUGAGACAUUGUUGACAAGCAAUAGUUUAAAAUAGUUUAAUAUAUAAUAAAAUAUAAUAUUUUCAUUUUGUUUGGUGGUUGUAUUUUAACAGCUGUGCUUAUACUCGUACUCUCUACUUACACAAUAAGCGUAUCCCAGUUCUACUUAUACCAAAGCUUUUUUAAAGUUAGUUACAUUAGGAGAGCUUGACUUAAUUUGUAGUGUGCACUGAUACCUUGAAACAGUUCAAGGCUCUGGGGUGUGUCUGAAAGUCAUUUGAAAGUAGUGGGUUUCAAGUUGCUUAGAUAAAAGGCAGCAUAUAGUGGAUGGGAAAGGAGUGAAUGUUCCAGUAAAAGGGCCUGGGUUAUGUCUACUUCCCGGCACACAAGCUCCUUUUUAAAGUAUGCAAGGGCUAUAGGAUGUAUAAAAAAAAACAUGCAAACUUAAUUAUCUUUACAAAGCCUCAUGACGAUGUGGUUGUAGGUCAAAUACAAAGUAAAAUCAAACAGCAUAUGUUUUAGCAUUCUCACGAGAUGUUUGCAGUUGCUCAGAAAAGUGAGAUUUUUAACGAUCCAUGCAGUGGGUUUUAAGUUUAAAGUUCAAACUACCUUUAUACCCUUUCCUUUUUUCAGUCAUCUCGAUCCCUGCUUCAUUUACUCCAUUCAAGAUUUGUAAGUCAUCCAACGUGUUCCCUUCUCCCUCCCAAAAAAUGUCUUCUCUCUCUUUCCAAACCCUUUGAUUAUAUACCUAGAUACAGAUCGAUCGAGGCUUAAUUCCUACCCAGCUUAAUAUAUGAUAUAUGUAUACUUGUACCGACGAAAUGAUAUAUAUAUACUUGUACCGACGAAGCAAACAUGUACCACAUGUUGCAAGUCCUCAAGCCAACUAGGAAAAAACCUGUCAAUUCAAAUAUCAAUCACCGUGUUUGUACAUAUAAUUUAUAUAUAUGUUUUUAUUAACUUGUUUUGAAUUAAUGUAAUAUAAUUUUAUUUCUGCUAUAUUGAGUCCAAGGGCUAGAUAUAAAAAAGUAUUAACUUGUUUAUUGUUACCUUUGUAAAUAAAGAUUUGUCA